AAAACCCUAAACUCUCAAAAUCAACUACAAUCUUCUCUUUGAAAACCACCAGAUUCGAAAUAAUCAUUAUUCCAAUUUUUAAUAAAAUUUCCUAGGUGGUACUUUUAAAAGCGUUCAAGGAGAUUCCACCGGUAAAGCGAUUCGCAAGUUCGAGGAAAGUCGAGGCAGGAAGGCGGUUUGAAGAAAAGUGGGUCGAAUUUCGCCCACGCAAAAGUUCCCCACCCACCCGGUAUCGCGACGACAUCGUGUCCAGGAGUCGCACAGUGGCGCAUCAUCUUCUUCCUCGAAGAGAUCUUUGAGAUCCGCGACGUGAUCCUUGAUCGAUCGACCAAUCGAUCGAUCAUUGAGAUAUCACAAUACUCAUAGGGAAACAAGAAAAGAUUUAAAGGAGACAGAGGAGUGAAAAUUAGAAAAUGCCGGGUGCAGGAGGUCAGCCGACCCAGAGGACGACCUUCAGGCCUCCAUGGGUCAAAGAUGGACCCAAUCCUCUGCCUCUGCCCACGGCACCUUGGGCUCUGAACAACAGGCGGGACUCAAAACCAACAGCGGAUGAAGCGCCGGCUUUUACAAAAGUCACGCUCAAGAGCGUACCAAAACCUGCAGAAUCGGCGACGGCAGUUGCUGACCAACCACGCAAACAAAGCAAAAUCACAAUUAUCCCUUCACAACCUAGUAGCGAAAAAAAGAAUGCAGGUCAACCGCCGGCUCCGUCAAAAGCGAAGGAAAAUGGACGACCUGAGCCAGCCUCAAGACCACAACUCGAACGACAAGUUCGUGUCGACAAGUCUCGAUCUCGCGGCGAGGUUUUGCCACUUGCCAAAAGCGAGAGCACCACUGGUGCACCUACACUGUCCAAGAGUUCGUCCAGAGCAGCCAUUCCACCCCCGGCACCCCCCAGGCCGCCACCACCACCACCUGCGAGAAUCGUAUUGAAGGAACUGCCUCCGCUGUCGCAAAAACAGCAAAAAACAAUAGACAUGCUUAAAUCUAGGCCCAGAAAGCGUCCCGAUUGGGCGUGCAUGAUGAAAGAGGUCGAGAGUGGCAGGAAGCUUAGACACGUCACAUGUAACGAUAGAAGCGCGCCCUUGAUCGAAAGGGUCAACAAAGUUAAACCUGAUCCAACAGGCCCAGACCACUUUGUCUUUGAAUCUGAAAAAUCUAACGUGCACAAUCUGCUACUACACCAAAUUCAACAAGGAGUGAAACUAAAAACAGUCAAAACAAAUGACCGCUCAAGACCUGUUCUAGAAGGUUUAAGAAAAUUUAGAAGACAGCUAACAAUAGAGGAACAAAUGCAAAAAGCAACAGCGGAUGCCCCCGUAGAAGCGACUAUACCAGAUGAAAUGGAUGAUAUUGACGCUGUUAGGGACGACCUUCAAAGUACAAAGCAAAUGCUCGCUCUUGAAUUAAGGAAUAAAGAAGCACUAGAAAGGGAUAAUAAAAGGUUACAGAGACCGUUAAAUUUGAAUCCUGAAUCUUCGAAGCUACAAUCUCUCCAAUUUGAAUCGCAGGCAAGAAUUCUGAAUCUUGAGGCUGAACUGGAACGUGAGAAGUCCCAGAAAAGUAUUCAGGAACACAAACAACAGGACAUGAAACUGGCAGAGUCUUUAAAGAAAGAAGCAGAGGAGGCGCGAAAGGACGCAGAGAGGCUCGAAAAGGAUUACGCAAGUGCCACCGAGGAAAGAGAUAAGGCAAAAAACGAAUUGGAUGAAAUUAAGAGAAUGUAUUCAGCUUUAGAGAGGCGCAUGAAAGCCGAAUAUUGCCAAGAAAACGAGGAGGCUGAUGACCCAAUAAUAGAACUAGCAGAUGAUAGCGAGGAAUCGGUAUGGUGGGGAUUUUCAGGAAUGGCUUUGGCUGGUUGUCCGAGUUCAAAGGACGUGGCCAGAAUUGCCUCGCAGAAGAGUAUAGACAAAUCGAAUCAAUCGAAUGCCAGUGAAAGCGAAGAGGAAGAAGAAGAAGAAGAGAGUUCAGAGGAAGAAUCUGAUGAAGACGAAGAUCCUAAAGCCGCUGAAGAAAAACGCUUGCAGAGGGAAUUAAAACUUCUAAAAACGAAAAUCAAGAGUUUUAAGGACAAAUCUGAUAAUUCGAAAAAAGAGAGACACGCGCUUAGAGACCAAAUCAAACAGCAAAAUAAAAUGCUAAGGGAGGAGAAGAAGAAGUUCAAACGAUUACAAAAGGAAGUUGACAAAAUGGCUAAGUUAAUGGGAGAUGCUGACGAUGAUGAAGAAGAGGAGGAAGAAGAGGAAGAGGAAGAAGAGGAAACUGAUUCAGAAGAGGAAUCUGAAUCUGAAGAAUCUGAGGAAGAAGAAUCAGAUACGGAUGAUGAACAAGAUCCUUUGCCAAAACGCAAGAACAAUUUACAGACUCGCGUAAAAAGGCACGAAGGACGACUUGCUGCUCUGAAAAAGGGAAAUUAUCUCCUCAAGGCUCAGGUCGAUCGUCUAAAAGACGACUUAUCAAAGCAACGCGAACAAAGUCUUUCAUUGCAAGAGGACCUGGACUCUGUAUUAGCAGAAUUAGGUUAAUACAAGAAAUCAAUCUGUAAAGCGCACACUGAUAUUUGUACCCAAAUACACGUACUUACUAUAUAUACAUAUAAUAAAACAAGUAACAAUCUUCUAAAAAUAAAAUAAAAAAUAAACCAACAAAGACUAACCGAACACAGUUGAAGGACUGCGACACUUUAUUUCGAGAGAAUCAGCUAAGAAAUUAAACUAUUUAUAGGGAAAGGCCACUGUGUAUUAAUUUUGCUAUUAAAUUGUAAGAUAUUUUUAAAUAAAGGCAGUUAUUGGCUAA